AUGCUUGUAUUGAUGGUUGGUGAAUCUGUAAUCAGUUCUCAUCAUGACAUCUGCGAAAUUUGUGUUUGUCAAGAGCUAACCAUAGACUGCACCAAUAAAAGUCUGACAGUUAUACCGCCUAAUAUUCCACCUAACACUACCAUUCUUAUUCUCAAAGAUAACAAUAUAGACGAAAUUCCGGAUUAUAUCUUUGAUCAAACUAGUCUUGUCAGUCUAGAUAUUUCGAACAAUAAAAUAAGUAAUCUCAGUCGAAAUUCUUUUUAUGGGUUGGAAACUUUGAUAACACUAAACCUUCAGCACAACAGUAUGGAAUUUAGCAAGAGUUAUCCCGAGGACGUAUUUAAACCACUGGUUAACUUAGAAAAUCUGGACUUAUCGUCUAAUCUGAUUUUGAGCACCAUAAACGAGUCCUAUCCUGACAGAGCAAUUCGUCACUUAAAAUCUCUCCAGGAGUUGUAUAUUGAUGGUAUACCAAAUCUGAAUCUGGGUGAAGGCUUCUCUAGUCUCACAAAUUUGCUUCAUCUCAAUUUUUCUGGUUUAAACGUGAACCAAAUAAAGCAUCUCAAUAUAACGGAACUUUAUUUAGAUCAUAACAGGUUCGAACUAAUAGAACUAGAGGCGAUCCCACUUUUGCCCCCAACUCUACGAGUAAUUAGCGUGCUAGAUAAUAGACCAACAUAUGGGUGGUACUUACUUGCACUCGAGAACAUGAAAAAUCUCGUCUGUGCAGAUACAAGUCAACAAUACAGCUCACAUGACCCAGAAUCCCGUCAUAAACCUCAGUCUUCCCGCUAUGUUUCCUCCUUUUCAAAAUCCAGAGAUCACGAGAGCACAUUCUGCCAAAAAAUGAAUGUAUCCAGUAUAGACCCUUUUAAAAAUAAUCAAAGCAAUAUAUCCUCACUGCCUGUUCACAAACGUUUAGAAAUUAAGAAUGACCCACAUACUCCUGCUCUGAGUAGUCUUUCUUUUAAUCUAAAGAAUUUCACUAUUAAAGUUCCACCGAACCUAGAAUAUGUAAAUGUUAGCAAGUCUUUUCUCAAUUUUCCAAUCCCGAAUAUGCGCUUUGGAAAUAACACAUGUAAAUUGAUUGACGUAUCCGGCAAUGUUUUUAAUAGAUGGGUAGGACCAGUACAGGGAGUGACCAAACUGGAAUGGCUAAUUCUUUCAAACAACUUUUGCGACUACAUUAAGGAAACAUUCUUUGAUAGUUUUCCCGGACUUCGAAAGCUGUUUGUUGCGUCUAAUUUUCUAGCAGCUGUUUUCGAGGCUGAUGUAAAAGGAAAUAUAUUUCAUAAAUUACAAGCUCUGGAAACUUUAGAUAUUUCUGAGAACAAAAUUAGAACACUUCCGUCGGCACUGCUACGUGGACAAGUUAAUCUUCAAAAGCUGGAUUUAUCCAAAAAUAUCCUGAAGGUGUGGACCUUGGACAUUGAUCACAUGAAAGAUCUUCGAUACAUUGAUCUGUCCUCAAAUCAAAUGACAAGUCUACCAGUGCAAUUUAGAAACUAUGGAGAUCGCCAGUACGAUGAUAAUAAACAAUUAACGGUGGAUCUAUCGGGGCAGACAUUACAGUGCACCUGUGAGACCUUACCUUUUCUAAAAUGGAUGAAAUCCAACACGACAAUUUUUGUCAGACGCGAUGAUUACAAAUGCGAAGAUAAUAAGAAGAAAGAACUGAUUCUGUCCAACUUAGAUGCAAUCAUCAUCCAGUUGGAGCGACAGUGUGCUUCGUUGUCAGUUAUGGUAAUAAUUUUGACUGGGAGCUUGUUUGUUAUAGCCAGUGUUUUGAUUGGAAGUUUGAUAUAUCGCUAUCGGUGGAAGUUAAGAUAUCUUUACUAUUUAACCAGAAAUAGAUACCAUAGAGCAUUCCCCCUCGUUGAUAACGAAAACACCCAGUUUGAAUAUCACGCUUUCGUAUCUUAUGCUGACGAGGAUCGUCUGUUGGUUACCCAGGACAUGAGACAGAAGCUGGAAACAGAACAUGGACUGAAUCUUUGUAUUCAUCACAGAGAUUUUCUACCUGGAGAGGAUAUAGCGGCCAACAUUUUGAGCGCAGUAAGAAACAGCAAGAAGACCCUCAUCCUCUUGACGAAAAAUUUUCUUAAUAGUUACUGGUGUAUUUAUGAGUUGAAUAUGGCUAAAGUUGAGAGUAUCAGCACUGGGCGGAAUGUAAUUACUGUUAUUGUAUGUGAACGUAUUCCUGUCAAUGAGUUACCUGAGGCUCUGGUCCAGUCGAUGAGAGCAGAUUCUUAUAUAGACUAUACAGACGACCCGGAAGGUAGUGUUGUAUUUUGGGCCAAUCUGAGACGGUCCAUAAUUGCCGACUGAAGAAGUGAACAGCAAACUGAACAUUUUGGCUUUCAGAGUAACUGUGAUGUAGAAUGGUGGCAGGUAUUGAUAAUGCAGUAGGUCUAUUUAUUUAUUUAUUUAUUUAUUUAUGCCUUUAUGUAUUCGAAUUUGUUUCUCCUUAGUGUGAAUGUGUUGAGCUAAAAGUACAAAUUUUGCAGAGAUUUAACUUCGAUUGCACAGAUUCAAUCCACUCCCACGCAAGUCUAGUCCUCUUAGCGGGAAUUUCCCUAAGGUGUUUAUUUGUGUUUGUUAUUGGCUAUGCUUUUCAUGCUCUAUUAUAACGCUCUGCUGGACAAGCGAUGUGUCAUUUCAUUUCGUGGCUGAAACAUUUUAUUUUAUGUAGAGAAAUAAAUGUAUUUUAUCGUUACAUUAUGAUUUACUCACUUGGUUGUCGGGUAUAUUUUGUAUCAUCUUAAAUUUAGUAAAUACAGCCAAUCAAAUAAUGUAUAUAUAUAUUUAAUGUUCAUAAGUCGUCCUUUUAGAUACAAUAACUAGUCUAUAUUAUCAUCUUUGUAAAUCCUGCAUUUCGAGUCAUUAUCAUCUAAUUAACUAAGUUUUCUUUUCACUUGCAAA